CUGCUGCUGGCGAGCGCCUGCUGCAGCUUGGCGAACAUCACGUGGACGUGGCCGACGCGGACGAAGACGCUGCGGGCGCCGAAGUCGAUGGCCAAAAGGCCGCCGCGGCGAAAAGAGUGGUCGAGCCCGAGGAGGCGCUUGCAAGGCGGGCGGGAGAGCAGGAGCAGUCCGAACACUCCCUCAAACCCACGCAACUUGCAGCAGCAGCAGCAGCACCAGCAGCGGCUGCUGCAGCAGCAGCAGCAGCGGCGCUGCCUGCCUCCCACCAGCAGCAGCAGCAGCUGCUGCUGCAGCAGCAGCAGAGGGCGUUCAGUUCACCCAGAAGGUGCUGGGAAGCAGGAGCAGCCCCAACACUCCCUCAAACCCACGCACCAUGCAGCAGCAGCCGCAGCGCUGCCUGCCUCCCAGCACCAGCAGCAGCAGCAGCAGCCCCCCCACCCCCAGCAGCAGCAGCAGCAGCAGCAGCAGCAGCAGCGGCGAACCUCUUCUCUGCAGGGGAGGCAGCGGAAGAUCUCGGAGGAGGGGAAGGGGACGUGGAGGAAGAGGCCGACGUUGGCCUUGCGGUGUCUGCGGGUGACGUACAUGGGAGCAGCAAUGAGUUGGAAGUCGUGGAUCCAAACAAUGUCAUUUUCGUGCAUUUGCAAAGCCACUGCGUUUCCAAAAACUUUAUUCACAAACUGAAAACUCCGGUAAACCCCCAGAGAAUAAGGCUCCUGCGCCGCGCAGUCCACCGCCAACACGUUGUGCAGCAGCGGACGCAGCACCUGCAGCAGCAGCAGCAGCAGCAGCGCAGCAGCAGCAGCAGCAGCAGCAGCGCAGCAGCAGCAGCAGCAGCAGCAGCAGCGGGAGUGGGAGGGUAUUAG